GGAGGGUGGGGUUCACAGAGCUCCUAAAAGGUUAAGUUGAGAGGCAAUGUGCAGUUUAUAAUGGCAAACUGGAGAUGAAAAGGGUCAAGGUUUAAUAAUAAUAAAUUAAUUUUUUGUUUUAUUAUUAUUUAUACCCUGCCCAUCUGGCUACGUUUCCCCAGCCACUCAUGGGGUGCUUCCAGUAGACAUAAAAAACAUACAGUAGAUAACAUUUGUUUAGGUACCAAAAUGCAAAAUCCAAAGGCUAGACAAGGGUGUCCUUUGUGGUGGGGGUUCAGAACAGGAAUCCUUACUAGGAUAAAUUGAAUAUUGAAUUGUUGAAAGCAACACUGUUUAAAGAGUAUUUGUAGUACCGGUAGUAUGUUCAUGUCCAUUAAAAUGACUUCCCCCUUCUUUUUAGUGCCUUUGAUAUGUAUCCCUAGGGCAGAAGCUAAUUUAUCGGUUAAUGUAAUACUUGGUGUGUCAAAUGAGUAAGUUGGCUACAGUUGUGUUCCUGAUGAGCUAAAACCAGAUGGGAGGAGGAAACUCUGCACUCUUCUCUUCCUAAUGGUACUUUAGUGGUGUUGUGUGCAUGUACCGGUAGUCAGCCUGAUUUUGCUACAGUUAACAGGAACAGGUUUAGAAAUGAGUGCUGGGCAUGCCUACUUGGUGGCAAGCUUCAUGUAUUAUUUGCCUGCCAUUUAUCCCGAACUUCUACAGAUGGAAUUAAUUUUUAUUCUUGGCUGACUUGGGCACAUCUAGUGAAAAGAUGGGAUAGAAAUGUUGCUAAUAAAAAAAUAACUUGUUCGAUCACACACCAGCCCUGUGAGAUGGAUUAUGGUCAUACCCGUUUUGCAGUUUGGGCAAGUAGGCUUCUGAUCCAGAGUUAGGGAUACAGGUAUGGAAGCCUUACUUGUACAUAAGGAGAAUGAGGCAAGAGUAUACUAUUUUUCAUUUUUACUGUAUUGUUGUGUUUCAUUUUUCAUUCCUAUCGUAUUAUUGAGAAGUUAGCCAUUGAGUUCUAAAUCUCCGACAGAAGAAUGGGCUUAUUUAGUUUUUAAUUACUAAAUAGAUCCCCCCCUUUAAGAUAUCCGUUGGUUACAUUUUGUACAUUAUUUUGCUCACUUUUUUGCCAUUCUCAGUUUCCAGUGCCUAGCCUUCACUAACCUCUUGCCUGAGAUGAACAGUAAUAGAAUGUCAGUGACCUAGCAGCAGGUAUCUUUUUUCGCAAGAGUAAAGAUUGGUUUACACUUACAUUUUCUCACAGUGAAGUUUUAAAUGUCCGAAAAUAUGAUUUGUAUUUUAACUUGAAGAAAAGCCUAAAAGGUUUUCCAAUCUUCAAUGCCAUUUUUGAGAAGGUCUUCUUCCCCUUUUCUUACUCUAAUCAAAAUCCUUUAGCUUGAAGUCCAUGAUAGGACUCCAAUCAAUGCAACAGGACUUAGAAUUUGGUUUUAUUACUUUUGCAAAUGUUGUGGAUUGCUUCAGGCAUCGGUGACCUUGUGACUGCAGACUCCUCCCUAUGGACCAGAUGAAACAACCCAGAGCAGGAAAAAAAGGAACUACAGUACUGCCUUAUGAUAACAUUCAGGGAAAGGUCACAUUUAGUCAAGAUCUGGAUUGAAAGUUUUUGGCUACAGUGAUUUAGAGUGAAGGGAGCUGCUUGCACCAUGUCAGAAUUCUGGUUAAUUUCGGCACCUGGAGAUAAGGCAAACCUAAUAGCCUGGGACAGGAUGAACACAGUGACUGCCAAAGCCAACCUGUCCUGCAACAGCAAGUUCAUCAUCCCUGACCUCAAGGUGGGGACCCUGGAUGCUCUUGUUGGCCUCUCAGACGAGUUGGGGAAACUUGAUAGCUUUGCUGAAAGUGUAAUAAAGAAAAUUGCCCAGUAUAUUGGAGAGGUUAUGGAAGACUCAAAAGACAAAGUGCAGGAAAACCUGCUGGCAAAUGGAGUUGACAUGAUCAGUUAUCUGAUGAGGUUUGAAUGGGACAUGGCUAAGUAUCCCAUAAAACAGCCACUGAAGAACAUUUCAGAAGCAUUAGCAAAGCAAAUUACACAAAUAGAAACAGACAUGAAAAACCGAGCAGCUGUGUACAACAACAUCAAAGGAAAUCUUCAGAAUCUGGAAAGGAAAACUGUGGGAAAUCUUUUGACACGUACUCUGACGGAUAUCGUGAACAAAGAAGACUUUGUGUUGAAUUCAGAGUAUCUCAUCACUCUCCUUGUUGUAGUUCCCAAAUCAAGCUAUGUACAAUGGCAAAAAACCUACGAAUCUCUCUCUGAUAUGGUGGUUCCUCGCUCAACGAAGAUGAUUACUGAAGAUGCAGAGGGAGGACUCUUCACAGUAACACUAUUCCGAAAAGUGAUUGAUGACUUUAAAGCCAAAGCAAGAGAGAACAAGUUCAUGGUGCGGGAAUUUUAUUACGAUGAGAAAGAGCUGAAAUGCGAAAAGGAAGAAAUGAGGAAGUUGGCUUCUGAUAAGAAGCAACAGUAUGGUCCACUAUUACGGUGGUUAAAGGUGAACUUCAGUGAAUCAUUUGUGGCCUGGAUUCACAUAAAGGCCCUUAGAGUUUUCUCAGAAUCUGUCCUCAGGUAUGGCCUACCAGUGAAUUUCCAAGCAAUGCUAAUUCAGCCCAACAAGAAGUCAACAAAGAGACUGAGAGACGUCCUUAAUGCAGUCUUCAAACAUCUGGAUGAAGUAGCAGCAGCCAGUAUAAUGGAUACUUCUAUGGACAUUCCUGGCUUGCAACUAGGCAAUCAAGAUUACUAUCCUUACGUCUAUUUCAAGAUUGACCUCAGUAUUCUUGAGUGCAGCUAAUAAUUGCCUGACUUUGGGAGCAUCAUUUGUCCUCUAGCAUUUUAGGAUUCGGUUGUUCACGAACAAUGAAACUGAUGUGCAAGGACCUCCACUCCAAGCUGCUUUUUUAAGAACCCAAGUUCUGAGGGGACCGUGUGAUAGGUGCCUUUUUUCAUGCAGGAGGAUUAAAUAACUAUAAGCAAGUGUUCAUUUGUAGUUCCCAGGUUUUGCCUGCUUUUACAGAUACGGUAAUUCUGCCCUUUUCCAUUUUGAAAGUAUUAAGAUCAUGAAGCGUCUUCUGAUCAUGUUAGGAAACAUGCUUCACAAGGCAAUUGUGUUACAGUUGUAUUUAUUCCUUUUUUUUGUAAAUUAAAAGUUCUCAACCAGGAUUUUAAAUAAAAAUCAAGCAGUAUCUGAUGGUCAAGAUGAUAAAAAUACUCCUAAAUCUGUAACAGUCGGAAUCAGUCAACAAAGGUACAAACUCUUUGCAUGAAAGUUAAUCAGAUUCUUAAUGUAGAAUUUAAUUUUGGGGAUGGGUGAGCUAUUCCAAUGUAGGACUUGCAAUAAAUAAGAUACUUAAUCCCUCCACUAAUCUAAUGUGUGGUGAAAAGGAGAAACUUGGCUGGCAAUAGAUUAAUAAAAUGCAGUGGUGGAAAAUCUAA